AUGAAGUCGCGCAAGCCACACAAAAAAUCCCGCAAUGGUUGUCUGCCUUGCAAGGCUCGGCAUGUGAGGUGUGACGAACUGAAGCCUAUAUGCAUCAAUUGUGAUAAAUAUGGUUCGCAAUGUGAAUAUCUCACACAGAAAGGGCGAAUUGCCUCCGAAGUUGCACCUGUGUCAACACCUUCAUCGGCUGAGGUUUCCGAUUUCCACGCUGCAGGACAAAAUGCAGUGUCCAUUGAAUCUCAGCCAGACCUGAAUAUGGCUCAUCUUCGUCUUCUCCAUCACUUUACCACGGUAACCGCUCGAACGAUAUCACUAGAGCCAGGGUCCGAAAAGAUUCUUCAGUCAUAUAUGAUCAAUAUCGCGUUCGAGUUUCCAUUCCUUAUGCACGCCGUAUUAGCUCUAGCUGCUCUGCAUCUGAGCAGGCUUGAUCAGUCGCUGAAGGAGGAGUGCUUACGCCAGGUCGAAUGUCAUCACGAUGCUGCGCUUGCUCAUUUUCGGAAUGAGGUCCACAACGUUGAGGAAUCCAACUUCCAAGCGGUGCUCCUUUUCACAUUCAUCAUGUUCCCCUUUACGUGGGCACUUCACAUUCAUCUUCAGGACGACCCGGAAUACAUACUGGACAGCAUCAUUCAGAAUAUUAGUCUUACAAGAAGCACGCGUCCACUCGCCAUCAAGUUCUACCAACCUAUGUUGCAUUCCGAGAUAGGCCGCCUCGUUCCACGAGAUACGCAUGAGACCGACUGGGAGCAUGAACUCCGACCAGCGGAGACUGAACUCAUCCAAUUGAGGAUGUUUUCGGAGGCUAUCCAGCAUGUAUAUCCACCCGAUAUCAACGAAGCUUACUCGAAAGCAAUCCAGCUGUUGGAGAAAAUAUUCGCAGCAUCGUCUCGUUUCGGCACUGCACCAUCCGAUUCAUUGUUGAAAAUCUGGGCUCAUUUCAUAACCCCACGCUUCAUAGAGCUUCUUAACGAUCGGCAACCUGGCGCCUUGAUCAUCUUUGCGCAUUACGCUGUUCUCUUCUACAGGGCUCGGCAUUAUUGGUUCUUUGAGGGGGUUGCACAGCAAAUACUCCACAUUGCCGACGUCCUGGUCCCCAGCGAAUGGAAGUCUUGGUUGGAUUGGCCUAGAGAGCAAAUUGGGGCUGCAAACUCCCCGAUGGGACCGGUUAAUGUUUAA